AUGAAUCGGGAGCCGGCUUCAAAGGAACCCACCUAUCGUCGAAAUGGUCUUGAAUACGAACCGCCUGGGGAAAGAUCCCUGCGCCGAUCGGAUGCUCUUAGCAACAAUCCAGCAGGCGACCCACAUGCGAAUCGCCAGCUAUACGCAGAGUCCUCCGGAUCAGGCUCCGCCACAAUUCCCCAGGAUACUGGGCCAUUGCAGGAUGAGGACGACGAGGACGACGGCAGCGAAGCCGAUCGAGACACUCCGGUUGCCAACUUCAAGGCCGUCCGGCGUAAGACGGAGUUGGAUAGGGCUGAGCUGCUAAGCACCCUACCCCCCUCAGGCGUAAAAGGAGCGAAAGAUUACACUGACAAGCUCUUGGCCUACAAUCUCAUCUUGAUGAACCUCAACGCCGCCCAGGGCCAUGACCCCCUCAAUCGCCUGCGCAACGCAGGCAGGACGCACGCGAGAAGCAGGAGAAAGCCGAUUAUCUCAUGGCUCUCAUGA